CUUAUCCCGACACAUGAGAACCCACACAAGAGAAAAACCCUAUAAGUGUGACCAGUGCGACUAUUCUGCUAUAGAUAAAUCCAACUUGAAACAACAUCAAGUAAAACAUACUGGCGAAAAACCCUACAUCUGUGGGGAGUGUGGUUACGGGACAGUUUAUAGGUCUCACCUAUCCCGACAUAUGAGAACCCAUACUGGGGAAAAACCCUAUAAGUGUGACCAGUGUGACUAUUCUGCUGCAGAAAAACACCAUCUCAUCGACCAUCAGACAAGACAUACCGGUGAGAAACCCUACAUGUGUGGGGAGUGCGGGUUCAGGACAGCUCAUAGGUCUACCUUAUCAAUCCAUAUGAGAAUCCACACAGGAGAGAAACCCUACAAGUGUGACCAAUGCGACUAUUCUGCUGCAGAAAAAUCCUCUUUAAACCGACAUGUAAGAAAGCACACCAGUAAAAUGACCUAGAUGUGCAAAGUGUGCUGGAACAAGGCAACUCAAAUGUCUAAAAAGUCAAGAAUAUAAGAACCCACACAGGAGGAAAAACAUAAUUGUAAUCUGACCUUUAUCAGAUUAUCUACUUUUUUAUAUCCAAAAGAACAAACAAAUCCACAAAUGUACAGCAAACAGCUUUACCUACCUACAUAGUCUCCUGACCUCCAGGUCAUGGGAGGGGGGGGGGGGGCAAGGUAGUCAGCUUGAUCUUUUCGAUAUGUAAGAACUCGGUACAGGCGACAGAUAUAGAAGUUUACUUUGAACUGCAGCUAGGUGUUGCUGCUAACAAUGCAGUCCCAAACAUAAAGUACCGCCACAUACAAAGACAUAGUCGCACUCAAAACUGUACAGAGUCAGAUGUAGGUUUUUUACCGAAGAUCGUAGCCAUGAUAGAUAUAUAGAUAAUAUAGAUGUAGGUUUUAGCCUUGAGAUAGUUUCCAUACGAUCUUUGUUUUCUUUUUAUCUAAUGUACACAUGUCGGUAUUAACUUGAAUACUGGAACAUUUUUGACACUGGUAUAUUUAGUUGCUUUUGUCUACUUUAUUUGAUCGAAUGAUCUAACCUUUACAAUGAUUUAGUUUAUACGUACCGAUGUGUAUGCUAUACAUGAUACAUGUUUUGUACACAUGUAUUCGAAGUGUUUUAGCUUAUAGGAAUUUAGAUGAUACUGACAUGUUUAAAAGCAUAAUUUUGGUAAAUGUAACUCAAAAUAAAGUAACUAUAAGCAAAGACAGUUAUUUGCAUUGGUGUUGGCUUGUAAUAUAAGGUGUUGAUUUGAUUCGCAUUACAGUACCAUCCUUGUGGUAGAAGUGAUUCGAGAUCUAAACGUCAAAUGAGGAAGAAAUCCUGUGCACAUCGGAUUCCACCUGGCUUGCCUAUCCGUCAAAACCUGACAAAAUCUGAGACCUAGAAAUUGAGGUAGAACGUUUGUUUUCUAUAAUAGGAGAUCUCCAUUAAUGCUAAGAUACGUCCACAAUUCUUCCUUGCGUCCUCUUCCGUAACAUACAAGAAUUAUAUAACCACUACUAUUCCAUUCUAUUUAUUAUAACGUUAUUUUUGCUUGGUUCAAAACCAGGAGAUUAAAGCGCUUUGCGGCGAUCUGUGGUUUGACCCACUGAGUAUCAGGUUUGUGACCUCUCACUUUUACUCUCACCUUUAGCUGACGUCCGCCAUUUUGUUUUGUGGCUCGUCUUGCGUUUUUCAUAUCCUCCAAACUGACGCGAUUUUUACCGAUUUGUAGCAGUCUGGGAGACCGCUAACUACCAUUGACCUACAGUGAUGGCGGGGUUCAUGUGUUUGCCACCUAGUAAAGAGCUUCAUGCGGAUCAAACUGCGAGCGAUACGCACAUCAAAGAGGAGGAGACAGGAGACACUGCAUGGCAACAGGAUGGACAAGAGAACGUGCUGUGCCAGGAAACGUACAACUACCAACCAACUGGACAGUCUUGGAGCGAGACUUACAACAGUUGGGAGCAGACAACUGACACGGGACGGCAGCAGGACGAGGAAAGGGGCGUUCUAAACGACGAAACGUGCGGUGUAAAAGCGGAAAUGGAAGAGUCUAACUGUGAGCUUUCUUCUGGAGAACUGUGUACUGGGCAUCCUGUGAAUGAGAUGGGCCAUUCUGGGAAGACGACAUUCCGUACAGAACACCCUGGGAAGGAGAGUGACAGCAGGGAGACCUAGACAACAGACAUGGGCCUGCAGCAGGAAACGUGUGAUGUGAACGUUUCAAAACCUGACAACACAUCAACCUCACAGGUACAGGAGACCAUAGGCAUUACUGGAAUGUAUGUGGUUGAACACACCGGUGAGAAACCUUUCGUGUGUGGGGAGUGUGGGUACAGGGCAGCUUAUAGGUCUCACAUAUCCCAACAUAUGAGAACCCACACAGGAGAGAAACCCUACAAGUGUCACCAUUGUGACUAUGCUGCCGCACAGCAAGCCAAUUUGGCCUAUCAUAUAGCAACAAAACACACCGGUGAGAAACCCUACAUGUGUGGCGAGUGCGGGUAUAGGGCGACAAAAAUGUUUGACUUAGCAAGGCAUAUGAGAACUCAUACAGGAGAAAAACCUUACAAGUGUGACCAGUGCGACUAUUCUGCUGCACAAGUAGCCAACUUGGACCAGCACAUAGCAGCAAAACACAGUGAGAAACCCUACAUGUGUGGGGAGUGUGGGUACAGGACAGCUUACAAGUCAUAUUUAUCCCAACACAUGAGAACCCACACAGGAGAAAAACCGUAUAAGUGUGACCAGUGCGACUAUUCUGCAGCACAGAAAUCUGCUUUUCACAGACAUCUAGCAAAACACACAGACGGAGGGCGCCACGUGUGUGACGUGUGCGGGUACAAGACACCCAAUAAGUCUGGCUUAUCCCGACAUAUGAGAACCCACACAGGAGAAAGACCCUACAAGUGCGACCAUUGUCACUAUUCUGCAGCACGGAAAGAUGAUUUGAAGAAACAUGUAGCAAACCACACCGGUGACAAACCCUUCUUGUGUGUAGAGUGUGGGUACAGAGCAUGUAGAAGGUCUAUCUUAUCCGUACAUAUGAGAAAGCAUACAGCAGAAAAAGCCUACAAGUGUGAGCAGUGCGACUAUUCUGCUGCACAGAAACGUUAUUUAGACCGACACCUUAUGAAACACACCGGUGAGAAGCCUUUCAUGUGUGACGAGUGCGGGUUCAGGACACCUUGUAAGUCUACCUUAACCCGACACAUGAGAAGUCAUUCAGGGGAGAAACCCUACAAGUGCGACCAGUGUGACUAUUCUGCUGCACAGAAAUCCGACCUGGACAUCCAUCUGGCAAGACACACCGGUGAGAAACCCUACAUGUGUGCGGAGUGUGGGUACAGGACGGCUCGAAAGUCUAACUUAUACAAACAUAUGAGGACCCAUUCAGGGGAAAAGCCCUACAAGUGUGACCAGUGUGACUUUUCUGCUGCACAAAAAUCCAAUUUGGAUUUUCACCUGAGAAAACACACUGGCGAGAAACCCUACAAGUGUGACCAGUGUGACUAUUCUGCUGCACAUAAACGUACUUUGGACCGACACCUAAUGACACACACUGGUGACAAACCCUACAUGUGUGGAGUGUGUGGGCAUAGGACAGCUCGAAAGUCUGACUUAUUCAGACAUAUUAGGACGCAUACAGGAGAAAACCCCUACAAAUGUGACCAGUGCGAAUAUUCUUCAGCGGAGAAGUCCACUUUGAACAGGCAUCUAACAAAGCACACCUGUGAGAAACCCUUCAUGUGUGAGAAGACCAACUUGACGGUCUAAUUUAGCCCAACGCAUGAGAACUCACACAGGAGUAAAACCUUUGUAACUAGUCUGCGGUUAGAAGAUCUCAGCUGUCGAAACAUUUGGCGAGACAUACCAAAGAACCUACAUGUGUGACAAACGUACAGCCUACAACGUGAACGGUCAUCCAGGAGUGAAAAUGUUAUCUGUAGACUUAGUCUAUACCUGGGCCCGAUAACUACUCUGUGACGAGGAAAUCAAGAUGAGAAGCAGACAUGUUCAGAUAGCCUGGCGAGAUUUAUAGCAAGAGGUUGGGUUGAACUUAGCUUUUUUGUGUUAAACUCGACUGUUUCUGCUUAGACUAGUUAAACUGUAAUUUCCAACACACAAAUUGGACUCACCCAAAUUUUCGACUGAACAGCACCAGUCUUUUCAAG